GCAGUAGCUACACAGUCCCCUGGAGACUCGGUCCAGUCCUGGGCUGAGGCCUUUCCAGGCCUAGAUGUAGCGUCUGCAGCUGGAGGGUCCAGCCUAUAGAUCAAGGCCUCCCCCUCCUCCCCAGGCCUCGCACUCUCUCUCGGAGGCCUUUGCCUCCCUCAGCUCUUUUUCCCAGGCAGACUGGGGUGGCUGCACUGAAUCCCUCCCUCUGGCUCCCUUUCCUCAGGGGCUUCUCCGCUCCCUUGCUUCCGUCCCCUCACCCCAGCUCAACAAGAGGGCCCAUGGCCUGGGAGGCCACAUACCUGCUGCCACCUGUCCUGCUGGUGCUCCUGGCCUCAGGCUCCUGGGAACAGAAGCCAGAGAUGCUGCAUAAACUGGAGGGCGAGAUGAUGUCUGUGAGAUGCCCGUACCAGCCCUGGCAAGGUUUAAACAAGAUGAAAAUCUGGUGUAGGAAAAUAUCAGUAUAUAGUUGUGAUGAAACAGUCACCAACUUCCAGAAAGUGCCUCGACACUCCAUCCAAGAUUACCCCGGGUCUGGCUACUUCAUUGUCACCAAGACUGAGCUCAGGGUAGAGGACUCGGGAACCUAUUGGUGUGGAAUUAGCAAGUCUUCCAGGAUCUUGCUUCUCAGAGCCAUCCAUCUGGUGGUAUCUAAGGGAGCACCAGGAAGACCACAGCCUGGACCUCUGCCAUCAUCCCUGUCAUUGACAGGUACUGUCACCCCCUCCCCUGUGCUCUCAGCCCUCCAUUUCCUCCCACCCACUGCCGACUUUACCAACUGCCUCCAAUCACCACGUUCCCACGGACCCCCGGCUCUCAGGGGAUGAAUGGGAGUCAGACAGUUGCUUUGGGUCACUUUACCUCUUUGAGCCUCAGUGUUCUUAUCUGCAAAGCAGGGCCAAUAACAUUCCCACCUUACAUCGGGGUUUCUUACCUUUGGCACUAUUGACAUUUGGGGCCAAAUAAUUCUUUGUCGUGAGGGGCUGUCCUGUUACUGUAGGAUAUUUAGCAGCAUCCCUGGCCUCUACCCAUUAGACAGCAAUAGCACAAACCUCCCCAGAUCGCCCAGUCGUGGCAACCAAAAAUGUCUCCAGACAUUGCCAAGUUCUCGUUAGGGGCACAGCCACCCCAGUUGGGAACCACCCUCUUCCAGGGUUGUCGUGAGGAUUAAAUGAGACUGUGGAUUCAGAGAACCUCGUGCCAGACAUGUGAGCAGGGCUUCUUUUUCCUCUUCCUCACCUCCAGCCCUUCUCUUUCUUUCAGUAGGAGCAGGGGAGCUGUCCCAGGGCCACGGGGGUCCAGGGAAGGGGCGCACCGUGUAUUUAUUACAGCCCGUGGCCUGAUAUCUUCUCUACCCCUGCCUGAUGGUUUCAAAGCCCUGGCCCCUGGGACUGGCCGGCUAGCUGUUUCUCUUCCUGCCUCUGUCCUCCUCUCCCCUCUUUCCACCCACCCUCACUGUGGACGUCACCCUAGGCUCUUGCAAACCACAGUUCCUCCUUCAAGGCCUUGCACCAGAAGCCAGGUGUUGCUGGUCAAUGGAGCUGAGAGGCAUCCCUAGAGCCACUGCCUCACCCGCUUUGACCCUUGACACCCCAGGCACCUUCCCUAGGAGCCUGCUACGGUGUUAGAAAGUCUACCUUUGUGUUCUUCCUUUGACUCAAAACAGGAUCUAUUAAAAUGCAGUUACUAUGUGGCUGAGCUGUUUGCCAGAUGACACCAGUAUUCUCCGAGAGCUGAUUGUAUCUCACAACAAACGGCUGAGGCUAAGGAGCUCGGACAAGAACAGUUAAGGGAAGGGUGCAGGAGAAGUGAGCACAGAUCCCGAAACAGGAGCCCAAAAGGCAAGUUAAGGGACGGCAGUCUGGUCUGGCCCGGUGGCGUAGUGGUUAAGUUCACGCGUUCCGCUUCGGCGACCAAGGGUAUGCCGGUUCGGAUCCUGGGCGUGGACAUACUCACCGCUCAUCAAGCCAUGCUGAGGCUGCAUCCCACAUAGCAGAGCUAUAACUCUACAACUAUGAUACACGACUAUGUAGUUUGGGAAGAAAAAAGAAAAAGAGGAAGAUUGGCAAGAGAUGUUAGCGCAGGGCCAAUCUUCCUCAAAAAAAAAUGGACGGCAGUCAGACAGGGGAGAGGAGCAGACUGGAGACGUCAUCAACAUCCCCAUUUUACAGGGAAGCAAACAAGCCCGAGAUGGAAUGACGUGGCGAGACUACAUGGCUUAUGGGGCAGAGCCCUUGACCAUGGUGCUGCCUCGUGGCCAGCUCAGCAGGAGGGUCUGUCCCCAUAACAGACAUGGGCGAGGGAUGGUUUCCGGGCGGAAGGUUGGCUCUGACUUUCCUCACCUGGCUGGUCCUUAUUCCCAAGCCCCGCAGGCCACUGGGAUGUCAUCUCCGGCGUGGUGGUGGCCGUGGUGCUGCUGCUGGUGCUCAUCCUCCUCCUGAUCCUGUACCUCA